UGCUGAAUAUUUGAAAUAUAACGGAAAUCUUCAUAAGUGUACAACUAUUUUCAUUCGUCACAACUCGGCCGACUUCGUACCUCAUCUACCUUACAGAAGGAGAGUAGCGGUGUCACCCGAGGGUUGCUGACUGCAACUAUUUCAACAUGGAAAAGAAGGAGACAUCAUACCUGUUCGCGCUGUCAAUCAUCAUUACAGUAACAUGUGUGGAACCAGUAUAUCCCUGUACAUACCAGUGGAAUGAAAAGCAUAAGCUGGUCGCCAAUUGUGAAAAUCAAGGAUUGACAUCUGUGCCAAGGAAUCUAAGUCGAGAUAUACAGGAGUUAAUUCUUUCAAAUAACUUGAUAAACAUACUAAAGAAUAAUUCAUUCAUCAAUUAUUCCAGUUUAGAAAUCCUGAGUGUAAGCAAAAAUAAAAUAUCUGAUAUUUAUGAGGAUGCGUUUGCAGGACUUAAUUCGCUUAAAGUUUUAAAGGUAAAUGACAAUAUGAUUAACAUCACAAUUCUUCCAGCGGGUGUAUUCAAACAUCUUAAUAAUUUAGUUGCACUGGAUAUAAGUAGAAAUAAAAAGCAAUUGAAUGAAAGCAAUCGGUUUAUUUAUCCCGAUGCCACAUUUUCUAGAUUGGAACGCUUGCAGAAUCUUUCAAUUGAUCUAUACAUGUUCCCGGUAUUUGGAAGAGGAUUUAUAAAACUUCACAAUCUCACCUCAUUAGAUUUUCAUAAAUGUUAUUUACGAAAUAGCAUUGGAUUUAAGCUAUUGAAUUCAACCUUUGAAAACUUUUCAUCAAAUCUGAAAGAACUUUAUAUCAGAGGCUGUCGUCAUCUUUUCCUAAUGGAAUAUGGAUUACUUGAACAUUUUCCUAACUUAAAAGUUUUAGACUUGUCAAAUUCGUACGUACACUUAUAUCAAGCAUUGCGUAUUCUCCAUCCGUUUCAGAAAAAGAGCAUGUCCGUUAUAAACUUUCACCACAUAACUGAUAGUUCAAUCAAUGGAAAUGAUUUCCCGUUCUCUGUUGUUAUAACAGAAGAAUUAAUGAAAUAUCUAAAAACUAUUUGUAUAGAAUCAUUGGACUUGUCGAAAACAGGAAUCGUAGACUACCAAAAAAAAUCUUUAUUUUCGUUCGAGCAACCAAAGUGCUUCAAAACCUUUAUCAUGUCUGCUAAUAGACUACCGGCAACGAUUUCAGACCACUACUUUGAAGUAGUUGAGUUCAUGAAACGUGCUGCUAAUAUAAAGGUCUACGAUUUUUCAUACCUAACUUCAGAUUAUCCUGAUCCCGUUUAUUUAAACGUUUACCAUCCUGAAACUUUAAAUCAUUUUGAAGAAAGAAUUCAAAACGUUUAUUUUUCACCGGAAGUCAGUAUUUUCCUUCCACCGUCUUUAGAAUUUCUUCGAUUUACUCACAUUUCAUCAGUCUUUAGUACAGCGUUUAUCAUAUGCUCGAACACCUCGCUAAGAUAUCUUGAUGUGUCAUUUGGUGUCUACCAGCAUUUUCCGAAUGGGACAGACAGCUGUGGAAAGCAGUUGGAAUACUUAGACAUUUCAGGAAGUCCUAAGGCAAUCAUAACAUUUCCAAGAAUUCCCCUGCCAAAACUCGACAUCUUAAAAAUGGCACAUGCACGCAUAGACCAAUUAAUUUUAAAAGGUAAGGAAUGGAUGGUAUUCAGAGCACCAAAUUUGAGAAAAGUAGACAUAUCUUUCAAUAAUAUUUGGACAUUGGAGGAAACAGCUUUUGUAAAUCAACCAAAUAUUACGCAUUUAAACAUGUCAAACAAUCUUUUCAGGGCCAUUCCGACUUUUGUUAGAAACCUACACAAUUUGGAAUAUUUAAAUCUUUCUAACAAUUUGAUUGUCUCUAUUAAUGAUACCAUGAGGCGUUGGCUGAAUAAUGUGUCUUCAAAUCGAAAAUUUGUCCUGGACUUGAGUAACAACGAUUUGGUUUGUUCGUGUGAUACGGUAGACUUCCUUUCGUGGAUAGAGAAUAAAAAAGAAAUAUUUUAUAAUUCUGACAAUUAUACAUGUACGUAUACAAAAGGAAAUUUAAACGAACAAGUCCCAUUAAAGAAAGUAAUAAAAAAGAAAAAGGAUUACUUCUUAAAUUGUGAAAAAAAUAUGUGGCUUCUUCCUUUAUGUAUAUCAGUUGGAAGUGCGUUUGGUAUAGUUAUACCUCUUUUUCUCCUUUAUAACUAUAGAUGGAAAAUAAUUCUUUACGUGUAUAGGAAAGUUAGGCGCGUUGUUGAGAACAAUUUACAUGAAAACUAUAUGUACGACGCAUAUGUUUCGUAUGAGGAUAGAAGCGUAACGUGGAUACAAAAGUUUCUUCUCCCGAAAAUUGAAGAUGAAUGGGGACUGAAAGUGUGUUUAUAUGAUCGAGAUAUUCUUCCUGGGGAUCUAACUGCAGAUGCGAAAGCCGAAUCCAUUAAAGAAAGCAGACAUUUUGUUUUCAUCAUUACUGAACAUUUUACCGAAGGAAAAUGGGGAAAAUUUGAAAUAGAAAGAGCAGUGUACGAAAAAUGUACUACAAACCUGAGAAAAAUAAUUGUUAUUUUGCAAAACAUUCAAGUUAGGGACAUUCCAGAGGAAAUUGUGAAGAUUUCAAAUGAUGUUUGUUUUAUUGAAUUACCAUUGGAUGAAGACGACAUUUAUGACAAAACAGAUCACCAAAGCACCUGGCUAAAGUUAAAAGCUCUGUUUUAUCUAAAUUAGAAAACGUUUUAUGUUUGCAACAUUCUGAGUUUUGAGUUUGUUUUAUAAAUUUUAAAGUCGAAGUUCAACAGUCCUGAAACAAUUAAAUCAGUUGAUAAUUAUUUUUACAUCAGCUUCUGUUUAA